GCGAUGCCCCCCAAUAGACUCUCGAGACAUUGUCAUGGAAAGAGACCACCGCCUCGCUAUUGUCUCGCGGACUGCCAAGUUUAUUAUAAACACUGCGCGAGCUGGCCGGUGCGCUGUCAUACGGAGCGCAAAGCGAGGUGGUCAGGCAGGGAUCGAGAGAGAAGCUGAUGUGGAUGGAAGAGGAAGCUACUGACACAGAGAGAAAAGAAAGAAAGAGAUUUCAGGAAUAUUGCUGUCAAGGAAGAGAGAACCACAUGAAGAAAUAAAUAUAUAGUCAAAGACUGAAAACAAGAAAACCAAAUUGGAGAGAGGGGCUGCUAACUCGGGGAUCUUAACCUGGUCCUUGGAGAAAUUAGAAAAACUGAACUCAUUCUGUGGUGUUUUUCCAGCUUCAACGUUUUAAUUCCUCUCGAAUCGUGAGAAGUACAUUUCAUCAAGCGCUCUCCCAGAGUUGUCGUUCUCGCGUCUCCAUGUAUAAAAUGGAUUACUCCUACCUGAACUCAUAUGACUCGUGCAUGGCGGCCAUGGAGGCAUCGGCCUACGCGGACUUCAGCUCCUGCAGCCAGGCCAGCUCGUUCCAGUACAACCCGAUCCGGACCGGGUUCGGUGCCAACCCGGGCUGCGCGCCCCUCAGCACCGCGAACUGCACACUGGGGUCCCUGCGCGAGCACCAGCCCACACCCUAUUCCACAGUUCCAUAUAAGUUCUUCUCGGACCCUUCUGGUUUGAACGAGAAGCGGAAACAGCGGCGCAUAAGGACCACCUUCACGAGCUCACAGCUGAAGGAGCUGGAGCGCGUGUUCGCAGAGACCCACUAUCCCGACAUCUACACGCGCGAGGAGCUUGCACUCAAGAUCGACCUUACUGAGGCGCGGGUACAGGUAUGGUUCCAGAACCGGCGGGCUAAGUUCCGUAAGGUGGAGCGUGCGGCCAACUCUAAAUCUGGUAACGGGACCGGGGGCCCAGGAGGGAACAAUGGCUGUACCGGGGGUAAAAAGGGCGAGACCAGAUCUUCCUCGGAUGACGACGAAUCAAAAGAGUCCACCUGCAGUCCCACCCCUGACAGCACCGCCUCGCUGCCCGGUUCAGCCAAUGGGAACAUGGGUAGCCCCGCCAGCCUCAGCCCCAGCCCCGCCCCUGCUAACAGUGGCUACGCUAACACCUCCAGCUCCCCCGUUCUGCAGGGGCUCAAACCCCCUGGCUGGCCCAGCCUAGGCCCCGCCCACCCAGGAAUGGCCCAACCCGCAGCCCAGGCUCCAGAGCUGCUGAAGGCGUGGCAGCCGGCAGACAGUAUGACAGGGCCUUUCGCUGGCGUGCUCUCCUCCUUCCACCGGAAACCCAAUGCUCUCAAGACUAACCUGUACUAGAGACAAGGAGCAGAGAUCUCUAGUAUAACUACUGUAUAUCUAUACAGACUAACCUGUACUAGAGACAAGGAGCAGAGAUCUCUAGUAUAACUACUGUAUAUCUAUACAGACUAACCUGUACUAGAGACAAGGAGCAGAGAUCUCUAGUAUAACUACUGUAUAUCUAUAUUGUCCUUCCCCCUCUAUCUACUGCCCCUCGGAGCGGGACUACCCCCUUUCAUUUAUUACCACCCGAACACUCCAUGUGGCAGUUGUAGUUUGUGAAUGUGUGAGUGUUUGUGUUGAAGUGUGUGUAACAUGCAUCUCGUACGGGGAGUGUGUGUGUGUGUUUAUGUAUGUGUGUGUAUGUGUGUGUGUCAGUUGUUCUGUAUGUUCUCACUCCAACAAAGCUACACAUACUUCCCAACACACACACUAUACACAGUACGAAAGGCCUUAGCAGACAUUGUGGUGCACUUAGUAACAGUAGCUCCUAGCCCCUGUACCCCCUGAUUAGUAUGUGAACAUGGCAGGGUGAAGGUAAACAGUCAGUCUCCCUGGGGAGACUCAGGGGACAAAACCCAAACUGUUACCAGCAAGCACAACUUCCUUUAUAUCCCUGGCAGAGAGAGGGGACCCCCAAAUCCCUCUGUACUGGAGAGGGGACCCACAAAUCCAAUUAUCCCCCUGAAGGCCAGACCAGACCCCCACUCACAUCCUCACUACACCCCACGCCAAUGUACCCCGACACAACUCCUACUGUCAGACAACCCCCCCGCCACCCCGAUCCCCGUUUCCCUGGACGACCAGCUCAAACAUCUCACAUAUACGUAUUCCUUUACCCUUCACAUACCGACGCUCCCUCCCUGACUGACUGGCUGGCUGGCUGGCUGACUGGGGGAAGGUGGGGGCAGAGGUUGAAGAUGUUUUGAGAUUCAGGUCAGCAUUGUUGUAUUUCCUCUGACCUGAGCUUGAACACUAGUGGACCAGUGGUUGGUCUUUAUUAUUGCAUAAAACACUCUAAUGGUCUGUGACACUGCUCCCCGUGUCCCUCUCUCUCCCUCUCCCCGUGUCCCUCUCUCUCCCUCUCCCCGUGUCCCUCUCUCUCCCUCUCCCCGUGUCCCUCUCUCUCCCUCUCC